ACUCAGAACGAGAACUCUUCUCCAUUUUCUUCCCUCACCAUUUUUGAAUUUUACUUCCAUUGGAUCUCCCUUUUUUUUUCCUUUCCUCUUUCCCCCGUCGCUACAUUAGGGGGAAAGAGAAAAAACGAAACGAUACGAAGAAGAAAAUAAGAAAAAAAAGCAAAAAACAAUAACAUUAAUUAAUCAAAAAAACAGUCGAUCUCGAAAAAAAAAUAUAGUAAUUGAUAUCUCUAUACAUCAAAAAAAAAAAAGAAAAUUACAUCAUUUUUGCAUUGUUAUGGCUAUAGAACAUGAUACAUUAUUCCUCGAUUCAUUGAAUUCAACAGCUACAUCUUCAUCAGCUUCACUUGAUCUUGAUCAUCCAUUUGAAUCUACGUCUUCUUCACCAUUAUCACCUUCAUUAACCAAACUAAACGCUCGUGCCAUUGCGUUUAUCCCACGAAGUUCGUCUUCUCCAUCAUUAUCAUCAGCUAUGUUGGCUAAAUCAUCUUCUUCGCCUUCAUUGGCGACGAUGUCACAUCCUAAUUCCUCCCGGGCCAAUUUAAAUCGGCCCGAGAGUAGGAUCGGGCCUGGAUCAGGGCCCGUUAAUGGACAGACGGUGUUGCAUCUGAUUGCAACACCAUCUGCUGCAUUUCAUCAGAUAACUACGCAUGUUCCUGUACAGAAUUAUAUAUAUGCGUCUCAAUUGCCUGUGCAAUAUCCUUACGCUGGCGGAAUCGGAAGAGGAUUCGUCGAUCAUGGCGGUAUGCCGGCGGUGGUGGUUAUUGGUGCCGAUUCUGAACGGUUAAGUGAUGAAGCUUGUCAAAAAAUUAUUAAUCAGGUGGAAUUUUAUUUUAGUGAUAUAAAUUUGGCUACAACUGAUCAUCUAAUAAGGAUUAUGUUCAAGGAUCCAGAAGGAUAUGUACCAAUGUCUGUGGUUGCAUCAUUCAAGAAGAUUAAAGCUCUUACGAGUAAUCAUGCCUACGUUGCAAAAAUCCUGCAGUGCUCCACAAAGCUUGUGGUUAGUGAAGAUGGAAGAAAGGUUAGACGCCAAUUUCCGCUGUCUGAAAAGGACUUGGAAGAGCUGCAAUCUCGCAUUGUGGUUGCUGAGAAUUUACCCGAUGAUCACUGCCACCAGAACCUCAUGAAGAUUUUCUCAGCUGUUGGAAGUGUAAGAAUGAUUCGUACAUGCCAACCACAGUUAAACGGCGGGGCCUCUGCAGCGUCUAGAACUGGAAAAUCAGAUACCACAUUGUAUAGUAACAAGUUGCAUGCAUUUGUGGAAUACGAAAGCAUUGAAUUGGCUGAGAAGGCGGUUAUGGAGCUAAAUGAUGAGGAUAACUGGCGAAAUGGUCUGAAAGUCCGUAUACUGAACAGGUGGACGGGAAAAUCUGGUCAAACUCGAGGGAAGAAAAUUGGUUACGAGAGUGAGGUCAGCUUCAAGGAAGACGAUACUUCAUCAGAGGCUAGCGAGAAACACAGUGACGACCUGUGGCACCACCUUGAUGCUCACCUCAAUGACCUUGCAGAGGAGCAUGUUGAUGGGCAGAGGAAAGGACUCAAUCGCAGUUGGGUUAAGGGACUUGGUCAGGGACGUGGACGUCCUCAGUUUCAUCAAACCAGUCGUGGAGGUCAUUUAAGUACUCCCCCGGCAAGUAUGAGGCGUGCAUACAGUGUGGGAAGUGCACUAUCAAGCAUCAAUCGUUUUAGUCUAGCAGGGCAACCCUCAAUGCUUUCUGAUCAGUCAGCACCAGUCAAGCAAACUUCUGUGCCUCGCAUGCCAGAUGGCACCAGGGGCUUCUCCAUGGGUCGAGCAAAAGCACCACCAAGAACAACAACUUGACCAACGUUUUUGAAAAAUUCAGGAUCCAACUGAAUAGCCUGUUCAUAUAUAUACAUAUAUCAGGGGGCCUAAGGCCACAACAGUGACCUUUCCAGGGUAAAGACUAGUUUGCUGAAUGAGAAAUUCAGCUGCAGUCUGUUCAAUAGCCUUUCCUUUGGGUGGAGAAAUGUUUUGGUUUCCGAGUCCAUCCGCGCCAUGAACAUAUCCACUACUUUGAAGUUUUACGCCUUCCUUUACAUGAACAUAAACAGAGUCCGCGGGGGAAAAAUUUCUAAGCUAGGUCUAAAUAUGCUGAAUGAGCAAAGGUACACAAUCAGAAAUACUGUAAACAUUACAAAGUGUUCAUUUCGUUCUGUAAAUCUUAUACUCCCUCCGUAUCAAUUUGUUUGUAUUGUAAUAUGGAUGAGCAAUAAGACAGAGAACUGAACAUACAGUGAUCGUAACGUGUGAGCCUUCAGCCACUGGAAUAUCUGUCCUCCCAGCUAUCUCCAACUAAAUCAUCAAAACUCGAAAAAUCAACAUUCAUGCUCAUGGCAAAAGAACUAAACGUACGUUUUUCAUUUUAUAUGUUACCCUUUCCUUUUUAGUCUGUUCUAAAAAGAACGACACAUUUCUAUAUUUGAAAACUGAA